GGCCCUGAGAGAGAUUUUGAGUUAUAUGCUAUCUUGCCUCUGCACCACUCUUCUAUAUUUGAUUUGCGGCCGCGAUCCGCUGCUAUUGAGGCCUUUAGCGCCGCUGCUAUUUGAUACUUAUUCGCACCGUUUCUUUUCUAAAUCCGUUAAGGUUUGCCCUUUGUUGUUUACAGUUUCUGGGGUAAAGGCCUGGAAAAUUGCAUUUGCAAGGGUAUAGAAAUCACACACAGGUGCCAAAACUACCUAGAAUAUGUCGGGAAGGAAAGAAACUGUCUUGGAUUUGGCUAAGUUUGUGGACAAAGGUGUGCAGGUCAAACUCACUGGUGGUAGACAAGCAUUGCAAUAUGUCAUGUGCCCUAGAUUCACAGGGACCCUAAAAGGAUAUGACCAACUACUAAAUCUUGUCCUGGAUGAAGCUGUAGAGUUUCUCCGAGACCAGGAUGAUCCAUUGAAGACUACUGAUCAGACUAGGCGUCUUGGCUUGAUAGUUUGUAGGGGCACAGCGGUUAUGCUGGUGUCGCCAACUGAUGGCACGGAUGAGAUUGCCAAUCCUUUCAUCCAGCCAGAUGGAGCCUGAUCUGAUCCCUCUUCAAAAUGGCCGCAUAGCGUUCCUUCACCGUUAUAUUCUAACAUUUUGAAGUCUGUUUUUCUAUGUGCAUGUUUUUAAAUCUUGAAAGCUAUCAACACCAAAACAGCAAACCUUAAUAUUUUGAAGUUUAAACACCAUAGUCACUAGUAUAGCAUUAGGGUGUUUUCUCUCUUUGCAUUUAGUUUAUUUGAAGUCGUUGUUUAAGAGAAUCAUUUUAGUCACUGUCGACGAAAAACGUUAGAACGGAUGUAUGUCCGGCUUUUGGCACUUUA